AUGUCGGAGCCACAGCAGAAAUUCCAGCCAAUCUCUCCCCAUCCUACCAUGGAGGAUGCCGAGAGUGACCGACGGGAGAGUACCGAUCACAAUGCCGACGAUACCACCAACACAGAAAAACUCGACCAGAGCGACAACGUACAGCCAAGUACAUCGGCAUCCCAACGAUGGCGGACUGCAAGUCAGCGGGUUCGGAGACGCGCUGCGACGAUAGCCGAGAGACUGGGACGACCCCACGAAAGUGCAGCCGAUGGCUUGGAUGCACCGAUGUUACCGGAUUAUUAUGGAGCAACGGACGAUAUUCAAAGUCACGAGGCUCGCCGAGCACGCGACGAAGAAUCUCGCCUUCCAGGAACCGACUAUGAUGCACAAGCCCGACUCCUAGUGGACCGAUUCGGGUUACAGGCUGGGCCACGACGGCCACGCAUUGAAGAACCCCGUUCUGGUGCCUCUACCCCGGGAUCCCCAGAUUCACAGGGCACAUCAACGCCCGGCGGUCCACCAGGAGGUCUGCUUUCACAGCUACUCCGAGCCUAUGCCAGCAACCUCCCCGCCGCAAGCCGCAUGAGUGUCGUCUCUACUUCAUCCGAGACGGAUCUCGAUAUAGAAAGCAUACCGCCAUCCGGCACGACGACACCGGGGGGAAGAAAGACAAGCUGA